GGAGGACACGCCCGACUUGACCUUACCCCGAGAAAGGCGUCUAGAACCUCCUCUCUCCACUCCCGACACUCGUCCCGCCGCAAGCAUGUGCGCUGAACAUAAAACCUGCUUGUUCCUUCCAUUCUGUUCCACAGGCAGAUUCAGGGCGUUCACGCGAUGCUGCGCAUGUCGGCCUGCGUGUGUUGCGCCCUUGUCUGCUCUCUCGCCCACUUCAGGAGCAGUGCGGCGAUGGCAAUUCGGAGCCCCGAGGCGGCAAUUGCCCCCGCGUCGAGAACAGCAGCGGUGACCGCAACAGUGACUGCGUCAAGCUGGGAUCCAAGUGUUGGUGGUAGCAUCACUCUGCAGGUGACACGCGGUACUGCCCAGUGCUGUUCAGCGUGGGAUUGGGUCGGCAUCUAUCAGGACGGAGUUCGGGUGGCCUACGUGCACUCAGGAGACGGUGUAAAUCCAGUGUUCUCCGCCACUUUUCCAAUCCCGAGCACGGGCGGCAUCUUCUAUUUCUGGUUUUCAACCAGCGUCGACUCCUGGGCGAUGCACGACCUUGGUAUCUCGGAGACCUUCGGCGAGAGCGUCCCAAUCGUCACCAUGGCCUCGCUGAUUCCCUCGUACUGGUGGCCGACAGACGGCAAGUGGGACGCUCUGAUCCAGGCAGUCGACACAUCCGGCAUCCCGCCCUCACAUGUGACGGUCGUGUUGAACGUGAACAACGGCUACAACACGGACCCCGCGGUGGUCACAGCAUGGCACUGGGGCCUCUGGCUCAGCCGUGCGCAGAGCCUGUCCUCAGCUGGCAUCAAGAUCAUUGCGUACGUGAACCUCUGCGCCGACGUUGUGAAUUUUGCGUGCUCCAGCCAGGCCAACCAGGGCUCUCGACCGUUUUCGGAGGUUCAGGCUGAGAUGGACAAAUACGUGACGGAGCUUGGAUCACUCAUCAGCGGUUUCUUUCUCGACGACGCUGGCCACUCUGGACUCACAACCUCAGGCGUCUUGGCGGUGACGAACUACGCCGUAGGGCUCGGAAUGGAAACAGUGCACAAUCCUGGAGCCAUGUCCCAGGACGUGACGCUCUUCGAUGCGUCCAAUGUGACAGUCAUGCGGGAAGCAACCACUCCCGGAACGGGCAGCCCCCACUACUCGGGCUUCAGCGUGGAAAAGUCGGCCAUGCUCCUUCACUCCGUCGACGCGGCCAGCUGGAGCGGCUACCUGGCGACGGCACAGGAGAAUGGCUACAAGUAUUUCUAUGCCACCAGUGGUGGUUGGGACUCGUCCCCGUCCUACUUGGCCGACAUGCUGACCUCUAUCAAGCUAGCGGGGCCGUCCACAACAACAAGCACGCCGUCGGCACCGUACGCCAAAGGAGAUCCGCACCUGCGGAACGUCUAUGGACAGGCCUUCGAUUUGAUGCGACCCGGCAGGCACACCUUCCUCCUUCUGCCAAGGGGCGCGGAUGUAUGACGGGGAACAAACAAAAACAUAGACACAGCAACUGAUCCUUUUGAAGGUCUUCACUCUGAGUUUGUGCAAACCAAAUUUUUCCCCAAACAGCUUGCUGAAUGGG